GGUGAACAAACGUGCUUUUUUGCAGUAGCCAAUGCAACGUAACUUGAAUGCUCUGCAAUGACUAGAAACGAACUGCAGCUGUUCCGAGCUCAGUAGACGGAAAGGGUUCACGGUACCGACGUCCUGCUUGCCGUCUAUAUUAGAGUAACCGAGAGUGAUCGAAACAUACCGGUGGAAUCAACCCAAGAGUGGAAGUCGCUAGCCAUGUCAGGGCAAAGGAAAGGAGCUUCAGCACGUCUGCGAAAAUGUGACUUCUGUAGAACGACCCGAGAGAAGGAGUGUGGUCAGCUCCUGGUAUCGGACAACCAGAAGGUGGCAGCCCACCACAAAUGCAUGCUUUUCUCAUCCGCUCUAGUAACGUCUCACUCAGACAGUGAAAACAUUGGGGGAUUUUCUAUUGAGGAUGUAAAAAAAGAGAUCAAAAGAGGAAACAAAUUGAUGUGCUCAUUCUGCCGCCGACCAGGGGCUACCAUAGGUUGUGAUGUGAAGACAUGCCGGAGGACAUAUCACUAUUACUGUGCCCUGUGGGACAAAGCCCAGACCAAGGAGAACCCGUCCCAAGGCAUCUAUCUUGUUUACUGUCAUAAACAUCGUGAUGCUUCCCAAGAUGCCAGCGAUGAGGAUCAAGGAGUUGCAGCCAAUGAUUCAGAUUCGUCCCCACCCCGGAGCAGAGGGCGUGGCAGAUUUGAGAAGAGCCGGAUCAGAGGUGUACCUCGUGGCCAGUCAGAGGAUGCCCGUUCAACUUCUUCACAGGGAAUAGAUGAAAUGGAGAGCUCUUCAAAUCGGGACCGGUCCCCUUUGAGGGGCAGCCCCAGUGAGUCAGGUCUUCGCUGUGGUUUCUGCCAUGCUGGUGAUGAGGAAAAUCAGACCCGCGGUGUUCUUCAUUGUGAUAACGUAAAAAAGGUUGCCGCCCACUAUAAAUGCAUGCUUUUCUCUUCAGGGACUGUCCAACUCACUACCACAUCACGUGCAGAAUUUGGUAACUUUGACAUUAAAACAGUCAUUCAGGAAAUAAAGAGAGGAAAAAGAAUGAAAUGCACCCUGUGUGGUCAGCUCGGCGCUACCAUUGGAUGUGAGAUAAAAGCGUGUGUGAAAACCUACCACUACCACUGCGGCCUGCAAGACAAGGCCAAAUACAUAGAGAACAUGGCCAGAGGCAUUUACAAACUGUAUUGCAAGAAUCACAGUGGAAAUGAGGAGCGGGAUGAAGAGGAUGAAGAAAGGGAGAGCCGCAGUAGAGAGAGGGCUGCCAAUAACAGUGGCGGAAGCCCUCCUCCAUCUCAAGUGAAUGGCAACUAGUUGAGGUUCUGGAAAUAUGGCAGUUGGAGGUGUUGGAGAAAGAACAAAAUAUUUUUUUAUUGUGCUCAAUUAGAACCUAGGGGCCAGCUCAUAUAUUGACAGUUUCAGUUUUUCUCUAAUUGCCAGAAACCUCAUCAUUAAUGACAGGGCCAUACAUUUUCUCUGCCUUUUUUUUUUCUCCCCCCCAAUAUUUCAAGGAUAUCAUGAAUGAGACUGGCGCGUGCAGAUAAGCCCCCCCAAGAGACUGCAAAGUUAAGACACAGAAUAAUCAAAGUUCCAUUUUUAAAGAGGUUGUGCUUAAAGAAAAUGAUGAAAACUGAAGGUUUCAUGACUGGACCAACGGAAGCCCUUUUUCUGCCCAGUUUCUUUCUUAACGAACUGCUCUUUGGACUGGACCCAUUCUUUUGAGACUGCCUUCUGGUUGUUUUUACACUCUCUUCCAAAUCAUGAGCCUAUCCCUCUAAUUUUCUGUCAAUGAACUGACAUUAUCUUUACCUUUUUAUUUCUCUUGUAUCAUGUAUUAUAUUUUACUACUGUAUUAUAAUCAUGUAUUGUUGAAUAUCUGUGACUUUCUUUAUAGUCUUGAGUCAGGAUUAAAGAUCAUUGGCUAGCAUGCACUUUUCUUUA